CAAUUAAAAAUAAUACAAUUCUGUACUUUUCUUUCUUAAAUAUAAAAUCUCUCCCUAGCACAGGUGAAAAUGUCUUUAUUCUCAUUUUCUUCAGUGCUAAAACCCAGGUACAACUUGAAUUGUAGGAAAUAAGUUGAACUCUGUCAAAUGGUAGGGAUUUUUUUUUUCUAGUAAAUACUACUGUUGUUGUUACUUGAGAGAAUCUGUCUUCAUUCCUCCUAUCCAUUUUUUCAAAUAUUGAAGAAUACUGUAGUGAUAGGCUUUAGUUUUCUUGUUUAAAAUAAAAGGAGUGCAGUGGAACCUCUCCCCUACCCCACUUGUCUGAUGUGGAAAUUAAUAAAUAUUAUGUGUAAAGCCCUUUGAGCACUCUAGAAGAAAGAUUCUAUGUAAUUUUGUCAUUAUUCAUGGUCCAUUAGACUCUUCAGGAUGUCACCAGGGAAGAGAGAUUUUUACCUCUUAUCCUAUAUUUUACAGUGUAAAAACAAGGUAUUUUUGUUGUUGUUUGUGGCUGUGAAAAUCUCCUGUAAUCAUACCUGCAGAGCCCAGGGCCUGCUCUUGGGCAGCUCACUCAGGAGAUGGGCUGCCCAGAAAGUGAGAGUAAACCUGCAUUGCACAGCUGCUGGGAGGACAGGGUGCCCUUUCCUACCUCUCCACCCCAAGUUAUCUUCCCUGUCAACCUGUUGAGUAGUGGAAUCAGGUGCUGGUGAUCUUUUCCUUCUCUAGCCUCUUAUCCUGAUCCUGAAUUCAUUGUUCUGAGAUGAUCCCAGAGAGGAUUGGUGUUUCCCUCUGGCGCUGUCCCUGUCCCACACACUUCUACAAGAUGUCUGCAAUCCUUAUCGUGUUCCUGUUGUGACAACCCCGCCUCACCUAAGGCUUCUUAAUGGCAAGUGUAUUUCUGCCCAUUUCUUAUUGGAAAAAUGGGUAAACACUCUCCUGUCUUUCCCAUGGCUUUCUGAUCUGUGAGCAGGGCUUUCAUUCUUCCACUUUAGAUUCCGUACACUUGGCUAUCGGGGUCUUAUUCUUUUCUCUUACUAGGGUUCCCCAGUAGAAAAAGCUGAGGCUGGGAAUAUUUUCUAGUAAAAGCGUAGACCAGAAAAUCGUGAAUUAGCUGCAUGCCCAACCACCGAGCUCACCUUCCUAAUUUUCAAUUUUUUAAAUUCAUUUCUUUUGCAGCAGUGGGUGUUGCCUGCACCACCAUCUCCACAGUGUUGGGUGAUCUGUUUGUUUCUUUAUCUGUUCUUUCUCACCAGGGCCCUGCUGAGCUUAUUGUCCAGUCCAUUUCACUGAAUGGUCUUCCUGAAUUCUUUGUGUUAUCUGAGUGGUUUUCCUCUUGCUGCUUGGCAUUGUAUAACCACUGAAAUUGGGCUGAAGUUCCAUCAGUGCUUGGAAUGUGACAGAUAGUUCUUGUGUCUAGCCAUGUCCCUGAGCCCUUGAAGGGGGACCUUUUUUUUCUGUUUCUUUCCUCCUUUCUGUUUUUUUUUUUUUAAAAAAAACAAUUUCGUGUAUCCAUUCUUUUCUAAGUUCUUCUGAUUAUUUCCCUUAUCCCCUCAAUAUUCCUAGACUGAACCCACCAAAACAUGCAUAGUACUUCAGAACUGAUCUGGGCUUGUGGCCAGCUUAACUGAAAAGACUUGAGCUAACAUGGAAGUUAGUUUGUUUAUUUAGGCUGUGACUUUCAUAGUGCCUAUUAGGCAAAAAACCUACCUGAAUGUUUAACAUUUAAAAGUAAAAUUAAAUUUCAAAUGGGACCGUGAGUGUAAGAAGCAUUCCUGGCUCUGGAGGCCCCCUUUUUUUUUGGUAUUUCUUUCCUUAAGCUAUCAUUUCUGUUUCUCUUUUCUCCUCUGUCCCCUUGGUUCCACCCACUUUCCACUUUGGUUCACCUUUAAAUAUCUUGAACUGUAGCUCCUAUUUGCAAUUUUUCUGCCUUCAAAAGUCUAGUGGCUAACAGUUUCUAUAUGUGAUCUCAGUAAACAAAGACUCUGUGUGUGUGUGUGUGUGUGUGUGUGUGUGUAGGUAGGAAGCAUGCCACAUUUCCUCCCUGCCCUACAGAAAAUGUGUUUUCUGGAAGCCCUUUUGACAUUGAAGUGAAUGCCCACUGGCCCUCCCUUGCGGAAUUCUCCUGAGAGGGGGGAGAGAGAGAGAGGCCUUUAUGCUUGUUGUCAUAUCUUUUGUUUCUGCUGAUUAUACACAAAGUAAGUUGUAAAUAGCUCUCUCACACACCAUGAUUCCUUUGAGGUAUAUACAGGAGUACAGAUAGGCACUCAGAUUCAGCUGGCCCUGGGGAUUCUACCGGGUCCCUUUAGAGGCCUCUCUCUUCCUGUCACAGCACCAGCAGAGUGAUUUUUAUCAAUUUGAGACAGUUUUCAUCCCAUAAUUAAACUCCUGGCAUAAUGUUUAGAAAUAUUAAGCUGAUUAGUUCAGUGUUUUUCUUUGUUUUUAACUUAAAUGUUUUUUUAAUUACCCCAAAAGCAAAAUAUACAAAGAUGCAAAAAAGAAUAAAAAAAGUCUCCAAAGUCUUAAUCACUGUGAACAUUUUGUAAAAAUCACUGUAGUUGCUUGGCAUUGAAACAGACAGUUACUACUAGCCUAGCACAAAGGAAAGUUAAAAUGCCCCCCACCCCAAUCAGUUUAAGAUUUAUAUUCCAAACAGUGAUUAUGUACACACCAUGUUUUAUUAUCUUAAUUUACAAUAGAAUAAUAAGGAGUUAGACAAUUUAUGUCUGCUGUUUCUCUUAGCGUUUUUUGAUUGCCUUUGGGUUGCUGGCUAACUUCUGAGAUUUUCUAAAUCAAAAGGCAGAAUGAGAUGGGCCAAAUUAUAACUAAUUGUGUUAUCAGCCUUCGUAUCUUUUGUAUUUUCUUUGCUAAGUUUUGAUGAAUUGCCUUUCCCUUUUUAGAAACUCCCUUGUCUGAUAAUUGAGGACACUGGUUACGGUGGAGUGGUCAGGUAUCCUUAGACCAUAAUCUGUUAGCGAACAGUGUGGUUUUGGUUUGAAUCUCAGUUUCCUAAUCUCUAAAAUUUAAGGGGUCACUUUUAUGGAUCCUUAUCCAUUUUUUUUAAUCCUGCUCAGAAAUUCUAUGAGUCCAAGUUUGAAAGUGCCACCCACUUCCCCACUAGUUCCUUUUGUGAUUAGGAUUGUUGGAACAUACUGGUAGCCUGCCACUGUUUCCUCCCUGACUUAUUCACAGACCUUGUUGUUUUCUUUCAGAAACUGUAUUUCUAAGUGUCUGAGGUUGUAAUUGAAUGUAAUUGUAAUUGUUUAACUUUCUUUCCCUCCUGAGAGUGUUUAUAAAGUGUAUUCAGUGACUGAGGAUAAAAAGGAACUAGAGACUUAGUAUUUAUGACAUGGUCGAGUACUAUUAAGGUUCCACUGGCAUGUGCUGGCAGAGUGCUGGGUGCAGACUUCUGCCCAGACCUGGAGGAGCCAGACCAGAGGCUGGAAGUCCAGGCCAUCCGUUGCACGUUGGUAAACUGCACAUGUGAAUGUUUUCAGCCGGGGAAGAUUAACCUGAGGACUUGCGAUCAGUGUAAACAUGGCUGGGUGGCACAUGCCUUGGAUAAGCUCAGCACGCAGCACCUGUACCACCCCACCCAAGUGGAGAUUGUGCAGUCCAACGUGGUGUUUGACAUCAGCAGCCUGAUGCUCUACGGGACACAGGCAGUGCCUGUGCGGCUAAAGAUUCUGCUGGACCGGCUCUUCAGUGUCCUGAAGCAAGAGGAAGUGCUGCACAUACUGCAUGGCCUGGGCUGGACUCUGAGGGACUACGUCCGGGGAUACAUCCUUCAGGAUGCUGCCGGCAAGGUGCUGGACCGCUGGGCCAUCAUGUCUCGAGAAGAGGAAAUCAUCACCCUUCAGCAGUUUCUGCGGUUUGGAGAAACCAAAUCCAUUGUGGAGCUGAUGGCAAUUCAGGAGAAAGAAGGGCAGGCCGUGGCUGUACCAUCUUCAAAGACAGACUCAGAUAUAAGGACUUUCAUUGAGAGCAAUAAUCGCACCAGGAGUCCCAGCCUCCUUGCUCACUUAGAGAACAGCAAUCCUUCCAGCAUUCAUCACUUCGAAAACAUCCCCAACAGCCUUGCAUUUCUGCUUCCAUUCCAGUACAUAAACCCUGUCUCAGCCCCUCUGCUAGGGUUGCCUCCAAACGGGCUACUUCUAGAGCAACCAGGACUGAGGCUGCGGGAACCAAGCCUUUCAACCCAGAAUGAAUAUAAUGAGAGCAGCGAGUCUGAAGUGUCUCCCACACCUUAUAAGAAUGAUCAGACACCAAAUAGAAAUGCCCUGACCAGCAUCACCAAUGUGGAGCCCAAAACCGAGCCAGCCUGUGUCUCCCCCAUUCAGAAUUCUGCCCCAGUCAGUGAUCUCACCAAAACUGAACACCCAAAAAGCUCAUUCCGGAUUCACCGGAUGAGAAGGAUGGGGUCGGCCUCCAGGAAGGGAAGAGUGUUCUGUAAUGCAUGUGGGAAGACUUUCUAUGACAAAGGUACUCUCAAAAUUCAUUAUAAUGCUGUCCAUCUGAAGAUCAAACAUCGAUGCACCAUCGAAGGCUGCAACAUGGUCUUUAGCUCCCUCCGAAGCCGAAAUCGGCACAGUGCAAACCCCAACCCUCGCCUUCACAUGCCUAUGUUAAGAAAUAACCGAGACAAAGAUUUAAUUCGGGCCACAUCAGGAGCUGCCACCCCCGUCAUAGCGAGUACGAAAUCAAAUCUCACACUCACGAGUCCUGGGCGGCCCCCAAUGGGUUUUACCACUCCCCCACUAGACCCCGUCUUACAGAAUCCUCUCCCUAGCCAGCUGGUAUUUUCUGGGCUAAAGACUGUACAGCCUGUUCCUCCAUUUUAUAGAAGUUUACUCACUCCAGGGGAAAUGGUGAGUCCUCCAACCUCCCUCCCAACCAGUCCCAUCAUUCCAACCAGUGGUACCAUAGAGCAGCACCCCCCACCACCUUCUGAGCCAGUAGUGCCAGCAGUGAUGAUGGCCACCAUUGAGCCUAGUGCCGACCUGGCACCCAAGAAAAAGCCCAGGAAGUCAAGCAUGCCUGUAAAGAUUGAGAAGGAAAUAAUCGAUACCGCUGAUGAGUUUGAUGACGAAGAUGAUGACCCCAAUGAUGGAGGAGCUGUGGUCAAUGACAUGAGCCAUGACAAUCAUUGCCACUCCCAAGAGGAGAUGAGCCCAGGCAUGUCUGUGAAGGACUUUUCUAAGCAUAACAGGACCAGGUGCAUUUCAAGGACUGAAAUAAGAAGGGCUGACAGCAUGACUUCUGAGGACCAGGAGCCUGAGCGGGACUAUGAGAACGAGUCUGAGUCUUCAGAGCCCAAACUGGGUGAGGAAUCCAUGGAAGGGGAAGAGCACAUUCACAGUGAGGUGAGUGAAAAAGUCCUGAUGAGCAGUGAGAGACCUGAUGAGAACCACAGUGAACCCUCUCACCAGGAUGUCAUCAAGGUGAAGGAAGAAUUCACAGAUCCCACUUAUGACAUGUUUUACAUGAGCCAGUAUGGACUGUACAACGGUGGCGGGGCUAGCAUGGCUGCCCUACACGAAAGUUUUGCAUCGUCCCUGAAUUAUGCCAGUCCUCAAAAGUUCUCCCCAGAAGGUGACCUGUGUUCUAGCCCAGACCCCAAAAUCUGUUAUGUGUGCAAGAAGAGUUUCAAAAGCUCCUACAGCGUGAAGCUUCACUACAGAAACGUUCACUUAAAAGAGAUGCACGUCUGCACAGUGGCUGGCUGCAAUGCUGCCUUCCCCUCGCGCCGAAGCAGAGACAGAAACAGAAAUUUACGGAUGGAAAGAACCAUAGGUCCAGGACAUCGAGACAGCCUGCAUCUCCGUAGACACAGUGCCAACAUAAAUCUGCAUCGUAAACUGUUGACCAAAGAACUCGAUGACAUGGGCCUGGACUCGUCGCAGCCUUCCCUUAGCAAGGACCUCCGGGAUGAAUUUUUAGUGAAGAUCUAUGGUGCCCAGCACCCCUUGGGGCUCGAUGUCAGGGAAGAUGCCUCCUCUCCCGCUGGGACUGAAGACUCCCACCUUAACGGGUAUGGGAGAAGCAUGGCCGAGGACUACAUGGUCCUUGAUCUGAGCACCACCUCCAGCCUCCAGUCCAGCAGCAGCAUCCAUUCCUCCAGAGAAUCCGAUGCAGGCAGCGAUGAGGGGAUUCUUCUCGAUGACAUUGAUGGGGCGAGUGACAGUGGGGAGUCUGCACACAAGGCUGAGGCCCCCACCCUCCCUGGGAGUCUAGGGGCUGAAGUUUCAGGAUCUCUUAUGUUCAGCAGCUUGCCUGGGAGCAAUGGUGGGAUCAUGUGCAACAUUUGCCACAAAAUGUACAGCAACAAGGGGACACUAAGGGUGCACUACAAAACUGUGCAUUUGCGAGAGAUGCACAAGUGCAAAGUCCCUGGUUGCAAUAUGAUGUUUUCCUCUGUGCGAAGCCGAAACCGGCACAGUCAGAACCCUAAUCUCCACAAAAACAUUCCCUUCACUUCAAUAGAUUAGUCCCAGAACGGACACUACAAAUGCCAGCUCUCACCAGAUGGCCUACAUCUUUGAACUGCCAUAGUCAGUGUGCGCUUACCUACGUGGCGGGGGUGUAUAUGUGUGUGCACAUGUGUAUGCCUCUGUGUCUACAUACACACACAUACGCACAUUUUCUUUUCUUUAGAUAAAAAGAUAAACACUAGGUGCUUUUGAAUUUUUUCUUUUUCCUUUAUAGUUUUGGGAAAGGGAUGCGAUCUUUAAUUCGGGGGUGAAAACAGAGUGCCCCUUUAAACACAUACACACACACACAGAGCGUGCAACUAGCCCCAAUUUUGAUAGAAUAAUUUUUGGUCUUCUCCAAAGAGACAAUUUGUUGUACCCAUGACUGUUGCCUGCAAAAAAAUAAAAGGGAAAAAAGAAAAAAGAAACAAAAAGGAACUUCUUAUAGUUGUCUUUUGUGAACUUUAAGGUUUUGAGAGAAUCUUCAAUUAAAGCAUGGCAGAUUCACCUGUAAAUAUUUAGCCUUGAGAGGCCAAUGAUGUAAAACAAUUGUAUUGAUGGUCGUUUAACUCUUUUGUUUAAUUUUUACAGUUACAUCCAGCUGUUAGAUAUGCAAGAGAAAAAUAGUUUGCUGGCUAGCUCUAUUCAUUUAUGUUAGCAUUAAUGCACAUUUUUUUUAAAAAAAAAAAAAAAACAUGGUCUUGUUUUUACUACCUGUUAGACAUAGUGAUAAAGAGGUGCUGGCAUGCUUUACAGCACAGAUCUGAUUUUUUAAAAUGUCCUGUACUAGUACGUAAAUCCAGUCAUGCACUUUUUAUCAUACACUACAAGGGGAUGUGUAAUAUCCAGGCUUCUUUUUUUUUUUUUUAAACUAUUGCCAUACUUCAGUAAGUGUCUUUUUUAAAAAAUCCACUUGUAUAAAAAUGGUCUGGUCAGUAUAGGGCACAAAUGCCAAACAAAAGUAUUAGUGUUAACACAAAACUGCCAACUUUGCACAAGUUUCCAGAAAAGAAAAUACAAUUAGUCACUCAACAUAACCACAGGCCAAUUUGUCGGCCACCAGAAAACCGCUUUGAAAAAAAACACUUGGUGAUUCUUUCAAGUGCUGAAUGUUAUUAGAAUCAACAUUGCAUCCUUCUUGCUUAUAUGUUAAAUUACAUAAAAGGAAAACAAAAUUAUGUGGUGUGAAUCAGCCAAGGCAUUUUUUUCUUUAGAGGCAGGAUAAUAUUUCAGGAUACAAAAGCCCAAAUUACUCACUAUGGAACAAAGCUGAAUGCAGUAACAGAGUUGAACACUCCUUUCCAAGGCUCUAACCCUUAUCCUUUGAAAAGAAAGUCAGUCUAAACUGGAUUGGUCUGUUGUAUGGCCGUCUCAUUUGUGGCAAAUUCUGCAGUAGUGCUACGAUUCAGGCCUGUUUGAUAGACAAAAUCAAAGGCUGUUUAACAGCAGCAGUACUUGGAAGCUCUGAGAACACAUGCUAAACUUGAAUUGAGCAACACUCCUUCCGAAAGGCAGAGGAAGGGGGGUUGAGAUAGGAUCUCACUGUGUAGUGUUUUGUUUCCCCACACAAAUUUGUCAGAGAAAAUGAAAGCAAGCCUGAAACCAAGCAAUAGAGAGUGGGGG